AUGGGAUUCAGUUUGGGUGCUAAUGUUCUGACAAAAUACAUUGGUGAGGAGGGCGAUAGAUGCCCAUUCAAAGCUGCUAUCUCAUUAGCCAACCCUUGGAAUCUACUCAAAGGUAGCGAGCAACUUGAGUCUUCUUAUAUGGGCCACUACCUUUAUAAUCGUGCGAUGGGAAAAAGCUUGAAGAAGUUAAUGAAUGCACACGAGCACGCUGUUAAAGAUGUAUAUGCUGAUGAUCUCGCUCGAUUAGCGUCCUUCAAAUGGCCUACUAUCAGGGAUUUCGAUAACACAAUCACCCGGAAGCUUGGUGGCCAUCCACCACACUUCCCAUUUCCAUCGGCAGAGGCCUAUUACGCCUGGGCGUCAUCUACAGGAUAUCUCCAUAACAUAAAAAUACCAGUACUCGGAUUGAAUGCUGAGGAUGAUCCGAUAGUCUCCAAAGAAGCCUGGCCGGAGGCUGCGGAUGAAUGCAAGAGUUCGCCUUCAGAUAUCUACAAGUGCAAGGUCAAUCCACUCGUAGAGAUAUACCACACCAAGUACGGAGGACAUCUCGCCUGGUUUGAAGGUGGUAGCCCAGUGUCUACAUUCGUCAAAGGGCCAAAUUACCGAGACAACUAUCCACCACCCCGUCGUUGGUUUGCGAAACCCAUUGCGAGAGUCGUUGAGCGUCUUUUCACGAAGGAGUUCGCUUCAGCGCCUGGUAGUAAUAUAAUGCCCGUCAAAUCGACUGACGAGAACGUCGAAUGGGAGACAGACGAUAAAGAGCAUAUUAAAUAUGUCGGAUACAGCUUAGUAACAAAGGACGAGAUAAUACACGGUGGUGAAGAAUCACAGCAUAUUGUAAACCAAGAGAUGGACGGCCCACCGCCGCCAGAAGAAGAUUUCAGUCAAAUAGCACUAAAUGAACGCGUUAAACAUUCAUCGUGGAAAGCAAGGCUGAGCGCAUACACUGAACUUAUCGACCAUUUCAAGAAGAGCGCCUCUGAUGAUGAUCCGAUCUUCAAACCAUGGCUUAGCGACGUCGAGUUACUGAGGAAAUUCGUCACAGACACAAAUGCAGCUGCUCAAGAUAAGGGUAUUGAAGCACUCACUGAAUUGCUCAAACAAUCAGGUCAAAAUGCUGCGAGCCUCUCUAGUGAACUUUCUAAACCAACGAUUGAGAAAGGCUUCAACGCUUCAAGGCCAGCAACAAAGUUGAAGGCUAUCGAGUUGUCUUUGUCUUUCGUCGAAGUCGAAGGCACUGCAGAUACAGUGAUCUCGAGUAUCAUCGAAUCACUCGCUGCCAAGCAACCAAAGUUGGUAGCAACCUGCGUAACAGCCUUGAAGGAACUUGUCUCUCAAUUCGGCUUCAAGCCUAUAUCUAAUACCAAGCCUCUACUCAAAUCGCUCACAAAGAUAUUUGGUCACUCAGACAAGACAGUCAGGUCUGAGGGCACUCUACUCACUCAAUCAAUAUAUACCUAUUUGGGUCAAUCAUUAUUCCCGCUUCUCGAGGAACUCAAGCCGGUUCAGGUGAAAGAACUGAAGGAAGGUUUCGAGAAGUUAGAUAGCGAAGGCAAAGGUGCUGGUACAGGAAAGCCAACACGUCUCACCAGAAAAGCUCAAGCUGAGGUAGAUAAUGCUGUGGGUGGUGAAGGUCCCGCAGAGGAAGCAAUAGAUGUUGACAAUGGUGCCGAUCUUGGUUUCGAUCCAAACGAGGAUAUACCACCAGUUGAUGUAGUUGCAUCACUUAACCCAGAGUUUUAUACCUUGAUUGAAAGCAAAAAGUGGCAGGAAAGAAAGGAGGUCAUCGAUCAACUCUUAGAGACACUCAAUAAGGCACCAAAAGUUGAACCAUCAUCGGAUUAUUCUGAUCUUAUCAAUGCUUUGGCUAAGCAUAUCUCAGAGCUGAACAUUAACGUCGUUAUUGGUGCUGCACAGGUAUUAGAGAAACUUGGAAAAGGUUUACCUGCACCCACAUUCGCUGGUUUCAAGAACACAAUUUCUAAACCGUUAUUUGAACGUCUGAAGGAGCGUAAAGCAACAGUUGCUGAUGCUCUCGGUGGAGCUUUAGAUGCAAUGUUUUCUGCCACAGGAUUUGCUGAAUUUAUGGACGACAUUACAACAUAUGCUAAGCAUAAGAAUCCUCAAGUUAAGCAAGGUACUCUUUCAUUCCUUGUUAGGGCUCUCAAGAAUACUAAGCUUCCACCAACACUAUCCGAGCAAAAAGAAAUCGGUAGCAUAUGUACCACCACAUUAGAAGACAGUUUUGAACCUGUUAGAGCUGCAUCAGCCGAAUCGCUUGGUACAUUAAUGAAAAUUGUCGGAGAGCGCGCGAUGAACCCUAUCAUUGAGGGUCUGGAUGGUCAGCGCAAGAGUAAGGUUAUGGAGUUUUAUGAGAAGGCUGAAGUCAAGGCCAAACCUGGAUUCAAACCAAAGGGUGUUCCAGCGCCAGCUGCAAAACCAGUUCCGGCGAAACCAGCGCCAGCUACUGCUCCAAAGAAACCGGCUGCAGUACCUGCUAAACCAAAGGUGCCCUCACCUCCUGCACCAUCUGAUGACUUUGAUGAUUUCGCAAAGCCUGCUUCACCUGCAAAGCCAACUUCAAGGGGACCACCGUCAAGGUUACUUGCCAAGAAACCUCCAUCUGUGGCUCAACCAACGGCUAAGCCAGCACCGGCACCAGUCCCAACAGCUAGCAGCAGUAAACCGAAAUCAACUGGUGGUGUUGCUCCGUCUGAACAACCAAAGUUCUCAAUGUCAGCUGAAGAUGCCGAAGCAAAGGCAACUGAGGUUAUACCAGAAACUCUCGUAAAUCAAUUAGGUGAUAGCAACUGGAAGGAGCGUUUACAAGGUAUGGAGGAUUUACACAAGUGGUGUAUUGAUGAUCAAAACCACCAACAACUUUCUUGUGAAGUGCUUUUCCGUUUCUUGAGCAAAAAGCCUGGUUGGAGUGAGAAGAAUUUCCAAGUUUCCGCAAAGCAAUUCGCACUUCUUGGUGUUCUAGCCGAGAAUUCUGAGUCUUUCAAUAGAGCUUGCGCAAGUUUAGCUAUCGGACCUUUAGUUGAAAAGCUGGGUGAUAUGAAACUUAAGAAACCUGCUGGAGACACAUUGACAGUCUUCUCAGAGAAAACAUCUCAUCAAUUCGUAUUAAGUCAAGGGUACGAAGCUAUGACAAAGAUCAAAGCGCCAAAGGCUCAGGCUGACGCUCUCUUGUUUGUCCAGCAACUUCUCACUGAAUUUGGUAUUACCGGUUUGGCUUUAAAGGAUCUCAUCGAGUUUUUAAAGACUGGCUUGAAGUCUGCCAAUGCAAUGGUUAGAACUAAUGCAACAAAGACGCUUGUCACCUUGAAGCUUUUCGUUGGUUCAGACAUUAGAAGCUUCUUAGAUGAUCUUAAUCCACAGUUACUCAGCACCAUUGAUUCAGAAUUUGGAAAAGUCGAAGGUCAAGAACCACCUGAGCCUAUACGUUCAUGUGCAGACGCAGCAAAACCAGCUGCAGGAGGUCCAUCGAAUGGAGGAAGUGCUCCUGCUGGUGGUGACGCUCUUGACGAUCUUUUCCCUCGUCAAAAUCUCGAUAAGUUAAUUCCAGCAGGUACCGUAGCAGGAUCUAAGAGCGACGCAUGGAAGACACGUAAAGAAGCACUUGAGGCAUUGCUUGGCGUAUUAGACGUAAAGCAGAACUCGAGGCUUCAGCCAAAUAUGAAUCCAGAUCUCGGUAGUGCUCUCAAAGGAAGACUCGGUGAUCAAAAUAAGAUUGUACAAGGUAUGGCACUCACUAUCAUUCAAAAAAUUGCUUUGGGUAUGGGUAAGCCAUUCGAAAAGUACGUCAAAACGUUUGUGCAAGGUGUUGCAGGUAUCGCAAGUGACCAGAAAGCUAAUGUCAGAGCGGCUGCUAUCGCAACCUUGGAUGCGAUGGCAACUGCUUGUGAAGGUAUAGAUUUAUUAGUCUCACCUUUGAGUACUGCCCUGGAAUCACCAAACCCAACAUUGCGUUCGAAUGUCUUAGAAUGGCUUAAUGUAUUCCUCGCUGAAAAGAUUCCACCAUCUCGUUCAACUGAUUUAGCACCAUUGGCAUCACCAGUUAUAAGUUCUUUGGAGGAUAGGAACGGUGAUGUUAGAAAGAAUGCACAAGCUCUUCUUCCAUACAUCAUUGCAAGUGCUGGUUACGAUUUUGUUGAAAGCAAGACAGAUAAGCUCAAGCCUGCAGCUAAAAAUACGGUACUUCCAAUUCUUCAGUCAGCUAAAGGAAUAGCCAAGCCCGCUGCAGCACCGGUGCCACCAAAAACAGCAGCUCCAAUGCCGGCACCAGGGCCUGCUACAUCCGCUCCAACACGUCCAAAGGUACCUGGUUCGAUUCGUCCACCUCCUACAGCUGGACCAGGUACGCCUAUUAAGGCUAAACCAACUGCCAUGCCACCCCCAGCAGCUGAUGCUUCAUCAAUACGCCCACCUGGUAGUAUGCGCAGUCGCUUUGGUGCAUUAUCCAGAUCAACAGCCGCGCCAGCGCCAGAGGAAGACGAGGGUGGCUUUGGAAUUAAAGCUAAAGUACCAAUGAAGAAGCCAUCAACAAGCUCAAUAGCUAGUACAUCUGCCACUCAGACUUCAAAAUCUCAAUCAACAUAUCCAUUUACUUCAUCAGAUUUGAUGAGCAAACGUCAAAGAGCUGUAAAGGAUGGAAAUGCUAGAUUUACACUCGGUGGUGAUGCUGGAAUUAGGCCUGAACAAAUCGAUUAUUUGGAACAUCAAAGUCAACCAUUUUUGUCCACACAAUUGCAUAAUUUGUUAUUCAGUACAGAUCAUCACGCUGAGUCUGAUUACUUAGCUGGAUUGGCUAUCAUCAAUGAUGCAAUUCAAGAUGCUUUUGGUGAUUCUGAUAAUUAUGGCCUAGGCGUCGAGAAAUCCCGUCAAUUUAUUCUUGCAAAUGUUGAUAUUAUUCUCAAGUAUGUCACUUUGAGAUUGUUCGAUAACAACACAAGUAUUUUAUUGCGUACUCUUGAGGUUAUCGAGUCAACUUUGAAGGUUGUUGAUGAAGUAAACGCUCAGCUUACUGAUUAUGAAGCGAAUGCAUUCUUGCCAACAUUGAUCGUUAAAUCUGGUGACGGUAAGGAACCUGUUAGAGUGCGCAUUAGAGGUAUACUCAGGUUGCUCGGUCGUUCAUACCCACCAAGUAAAGUGUUUAAUCAGUUAAUUGAUCAUGGAACUACAUGCAAGAAUUCUCGAACAAGAUCAGAGUCUAUCGAUGAGCUCGGUUCUAUCAUCAAUAGGCACGGAAUGGGUGUACUCACAUCAAACAAGGCUUUAAAGAUAAUCGGUGCCAGUUUGAGUGACAGAGAUAGUUCAGUAAGGAACUCAGUCCUGAAUACCUUGGUGGAGGUUUACAAGUUAGUUGGUGAUCAAGUUUGGUCUAUGGUUGGUGAUCUACCACCUAAGGAGAAGAGUAUGAUGGAAGAGCGUCUCAAAAGACAACCUGAGAGGGGUUCUGCCAUACCUGCUAAAGCGGCGGUUGGUUCCAAGAUCGCUCAGCGUCCUUCAUCUUCGCUUAGCAAAUUAUCUCAACCAAGUACCUUCCGUGCUGAGUCACCUAGUAGACCUGAUUCGAGAAGCUCAUCUAGAGCAUCCUCACGUACAGUUAACAGACCACAAUCUCCUGCUGUCGAUUCCCCUCGCAAAGCUAUACCUACGUCGAAGAUUGGAGGAGUUCGAGGUAUUCGUCCACCAUCACAGCUAGGUAGAACCUCGACCUUGCCUCAACCUUCCUCUGGAUUACCUCAACCAAGUGCAGGAUCAGCACUUCCUCAGCCAAGCAAUAGUUCCGCUUCUCAAUCAAUUAAAGACAAUACAUCAAGGCCCACAUCACUCACUUCAACGAAGUCAGCCUUUUCUUCACUUUCAAAUCUUAACAAUGACCCACCGACUGACCCAAUUGCCGGAAUCCUCUCAAACGAACCUGACAGAAGUGUUGAUUCUUUAAAGGUCAUCCAGCGGAAGUUGGAAAGCCCAACUGAAGAUUUGGUUAGACAAGCUGACAGGUUGGUCACAAAUAUAACCACACAGAUGUUCAAUACUUUCGAAGCUCUUAGAGAAGAUAUGGUACCAAAUGUCUUCAGACUUGCCAAACAUUUAAUUCAAACUCUCAAUGCCACAGUUGAUUCACCUACAAUAGCGGCAACACUUUCAAGUGACUCAAUUAGGCUUUUGUUGGAAGAGCUUACGACAAGAUUGUUACAGACUGCUGAUAGUCCGUCGCUUAAAGACUUGUCAAGGUUUAUUAACAUGCUUUUACUUCGGUUAUUCACACAUGGUGACCUAACCGCAAUUUUCAGCGCCUUAUUCGACUUACUUUCAGCUGCUACUAUCAACUUACACGAUUUGAGAGUAAAAAAUGAAAGUCCUGAGGCUAAACUUCCUGAGUUGGUCUUGAAAUGCGUUUGGAAAACAGCAAGAAAUGUCAAAGAUGACCUACAAGCUGAGAGAUUGGAUGCUAGCGUAUUGCUUUACACACUUGAGCAAUUUUUACAGAAAAUUCCACCAGCUGAAUGGCGGAGUAGAGCAGCUGACGAAAUUGCACUUGGUGAUAUGCCAUUGCGUACAGUUAAGACUAUCAUUCAAAGUUUAGUUUCUGUUUACGACGACAAGGUCUAUGAGAAACUCGACCUGGUGUCAAACCCAGAGGACUCAAUCGUAUAUACUUAUCUGUAUAGGUUGCUCAAUAGAGGUCCACCUAGCGCAAACGAUGGUGGAAUCGGAUUGGGUAUUAAAAACGUCCCAACAGCUUCAUCAAAUGGUAGCGAACUUCAAGCUUCACAAACCUCUCAGGAAGAAUACGAAGUCAAUGAGCGUCUCAGAAGGAUAUUUGAUAAGAUUUCGGAAUCUACGACCAAUAAAGAAGGUAUCGCUGAUCUUUAUACGUUCCAAAAGGAGCAUCCAGAAAAGCAACCACGUAUAGAAAAGCAAUUAAGUGAUUUGGGAGAGGUUUUCAACUCUUACAUAAAGAGAGUGUUGCAGAGACUAGCUGGUGAAGACGCUGAGCGUGCUAGCAUUACGUCUCCAGCGCUUACGCAAUCAGCACAAUUAGAUUCAGCACCUGUUCCACAGUCGCCUGGUGUGGCUGUCCCAAGAUCUAGAUCUUCGCUUUCGAGCCAACACGAGCACAGAACGUCAUUGGAUGAGAAGAACUUGAACAGAAUAAGUACAUUGUUUGGCUCUAAACCACAAUCUCUCUAUACUCCGGAAACUGAGGCUCCGACUGUCUUUUCACAAACUGAAAACUACCGUCAUACGAUUAAUGAAAACGAAGAUGUCUUUUAA